CAGAGAGCUAAAAAGUGUUGUCCUCCGCCUCUUGCGACUAGUCCUUCGACGGGGAGAUUGUCCUCCUUCUCAAGUCUGGCCGGGUUUUGAAAUUAAAGUGCACCGGGAAAUUAGGGCUUUUGUAUGUCAUUUCCAAUUUCAGUUCCAGAGCAAUGGAGGAAACUAUAGACCGAAGGGCGUCGGGGACAGUUGAUUUAUCCGGCAAUCUUUGCUCUGCAAUGGAUUUGACCGGCAGGGUGCAUCAGUUGCCUUGCUGUAUCAAGUACAAUGGUUCUUCUGAAGUUUCUAACUACUUCAGACCCAAACCUACUGAGGUAGUGUUUGAUGGGCUAAGCGUAGAGGAAGCUCAAUUUCGAGGAAGGAAGCUCCAGGGCACCACGCUUCCGAUUCCGCAAGGCUAUUCUGAAAAGGUUCUCCGGCAUGAGGAGCUCCAAGGAGCCCCCACUUUUGAUUUUGGCAAACAAGCAGGAUCUGGCUAAAGCUGUUUCAUUGGAAGAACUUGACCGGUAUCUCGAUCUCAAUAAAUUAGAUGAGAGAGUCUACACUUAUCAAGCCGUUUCAGCAUAUGAAGGGACUGGAAUCAAGGAGAGCGUGAACUGGCUUGUGAAUGCUAUGGAGAGAAGUAAGCGAACAGAAAGGCCAUAUUAAUAAUAGGUAGUAUUAGCAUUUCAUACUCUGUAAGACUGUAAUCUGUAUGAUCCUUGUGUAAGUAAUCCAUUUCUUACUUUAUUGGUAGCUUGUAAAAUUUAAACCAGUAAACACUUGAAUGACAUUUGGAAAUUUCAUGAUUAUCAAUGUAUACAAUGGUCAAAUUUCAG